AUGGCCGUCGUGGUCGGAAAUAUAGCUCUGUUACUCGACGUGAACUCUCCACGUACCAUAGUAUCAGACCGCAAGGUCCGUCCGGUACCCUCCGACGUCGCCGUUUUGAACCUCUUCAAGAAAGACCCACUUCACCCUUCCAUCUCCACAAACAGCUUCGAAUUCGAGAAAGAUAGUCGAAAUCAGAGAGUUGGUGUUCGAGGGAAGGCGAAUUCGAAGGUUAAUGCGGUGGAUUACGGGUCGAGCGACGAUGAUAACGGGAAUGGAAAUGGGUAUGAGGAAGAGGAAGGAGAUGAGAAGUUUGAUUGGGAGAAGGAGAUGAGGAGGAGAGUGAAGGAGAUUGAGGAGAUGAGAGAGUUGGAGAAGAAAGCUGAGGAGUUGCAGAGCAGGAUGGGAGAUGAGGGAGAUGGAGAGGGAGAAGGAAAAGAAGAGACGGAGGAAGAGAAGCGGAUGAGAGUCAAAAAAGAGCUUGAAAAGGUGGCUAAAGAGCAAGCAGAGAGGAGGAAAACGGCACAGUUGAUGUUUGAAUUGGGUCAGAGGGCUUAUGGGAAGGGUAUGUAUGGACGAGCCAUUGAAUUUCUGGAAGGUGCUCUCACUAUCAUUCCAAGAUCGACUCUGUUUGGUGGUGAGAUUCAAAUAUGGCUUGCCAUGGCCUAUGAGGCUAAUAAUCGCCAUGCGGAUUGCAUUGCUCUUUAUCAGCAGUUGGAAAGGAAGCAUCCUAGUGUUAGCAUCCGACGCCAAGCUGCAGACCUUCGAUACAUCUUGCAAGCACCUAAGCUCAAGAUAUCCCAGGAAGAGAUGGUUACCAUUCCACUGAUAGGUUCUAGCUAUGACAGGCUGAGCAAUAUGGUCAAGGGCGCUGACUUGAUCUGA